UGUUUCGCGAAAUCCGCCCAUUGGGCCACGUAGGCCAAUACCUAUAUUGGGGCGGUCUGCCGGUUACCGGCUCUUAAUCAGUGGUCCCAAACCAACGGAAAGAGUGGAAGAGCCGGACGCAUAUGAACGACCGCGACAGCCACCACCCAUUCUCUCGGAGCCGUCGGGUAGUACAGAAAGAUGACAACAUCAGAUUUUUUGCGGGUCGUAGAAACUGAUAAAUUAGCACAAAUUUGUAUUUGUAUUUUUCUGUAUUUUGCGUAGUAUUUUAGGGCUUCACUAUGACGUCACGCGGAUACUUGCCUUGCUACUACCAUGUCGCAGUUUCCCGACUACUAUCAGCUCUUGAAUGUCUCUCAGUCUGCAUCGCAAGAUGAAAUCCGGCAGGCCUAUAAGCGAGAAUCUCUUAGGACGCAUCCAGAUAGACUUAUCAAUGCUACCCCUUCAGAGAAGAAACUAGCCACCGAGAAGUUUCAAGCUGUUGCUGAUGCAUAUUUCGUACUUUCCGACCCGACUCGGCGAAAGGAGUACGACGCUCUCUAUGCCUCUCGGGCGUCUAAAGGUUCCACAACGGAUCCCAACUCGUCUUCCAGCUUCUUCUCUCAGUUCAGUGGUAUGUUCGGUGGCGGAGAUGCUCCUCGCCAACAACCAGAUGCUGAAGGUGUUUUCGCCGAUGUUUUCGAAGAGUUGCUCAGACCUGAAGUUGAACGUCACGUCCCUUGGUGGUCAUACCUUGGAGCGGCUUCUGGUGCUGGUAUUGGGUUUAUAGUCGCGAAUAUUCCUGGUUUGAUGCUUGGUGCAUUUGCCGGGAACAAGUUGGGGGCUAUCAGAGAUGCCAAGGGAAAGAGUGUAGCUGCUGUGUUCAGCGAGCUUGGUGGAAACCAGAAGGCUGAGAUUCUGCGUGCAUUGGCGAUGAAGGUUCUCGGCUCUGCGUUGUAAACUGUGCAGGGACUAUAUGAUUACGCAUUAUAGUGACUGAUAGAUAUACCUAUAUACAGCAUCUGUAUUUCCAUUAAUAAAUACGGCGUCAUCUUCGUGUGUAAGUUUAGAUAUUAUUGUCACUAGCUGGAGUACCAUCCG